AUGCUUGGUUUCGCCAAAGGCCAUGGCGACCCGCGUCGGUCUGCUGCGGGGAGCUUGGCUCAAGCUCCCCAGCAGUACUGGCAGCUGUCGGUCCAGCGUACAUCCCUGAUACUACUGGUGCUCCAAAACUCUGCGCUUGUAAUGCACCAUUCGCGCAACAGUCCGACAAACCACCAACCCCGAUACCUGGCCUCGACGGCUGUUUUACUCGUCGAGAUCAUCAAGCUGGCCUCCAUCUUCGCGCCGGACUGCUGGAAGCUCGUUGUGCCUGCCGCCCUCUACACAUUGCAGAACUCGCUUGUCUACGUCGCAAUCAGCAACCUGGAUGCCGUCACCUUCCAGGUCACAUACCAGCUCAAGAUCCUCACCACCGUGUUGUUCAGCAUCUUGCUGCUGGGGAGAUCCAUCUCCCUGCGGCAGUGGCUCGCCCUCGUCCUGCUCACGCUCGGCGUCGCAUUGGUGCAGAUUUCCGGCCAGAUUUCUUCCGAAGACUGGCGGGAACGGCUUUCGUCGCUUAUCCGGGGCGGCGCCACACUCAACGCGCCCACGUCGAGUGCCUUUAGGGGAUUUACGGCCGUCGUCGCUGCCUCCGUCACGUCGGGACUGACCUGCGUGUACUUUGAGAAGCUUGUCAAGGAUUCGCUUGCGUCGGUGUCCCUCUGGACGCGCAACGUGCAGUUGUCCUUUUUUAGCUUGUUUCCCGCGCUAUUCAUUGGCGUGCUCUGGCAGGACGGCGCCGCAAUCGCGCGGGACGGCUUCUUUGCCGGCUACGGCCCGAUAGUGUGGGUUACCAUUGCCUUGCAGGCGUUCGGCGGGCUCGUUGUGGCCGUGUGUAUCGCCUAUGCGGACAACGUGGCUAAGAACUUUGCCGCGAGCCUCAGCAUCGUCGUCAGCUACGUGGCUACGGCGUUGCUGUUCCGAACGCCCAUGACUGGACCUUCCACGGGAGGCGCGGCCAUCGUGCUGGCCGCUAUGUACCUGUAUAACAGCCGCCUGCCGCCGAGAAUGGUGCUCCUGCCCACAACCAAGGAGAGGCACAUACCAGAAAAGGCAACUAAGCCGUUGCUGUAUCAGCUCAUGUCCCCCACUAGAUAG